AUGUCCCUCGUUAAACUCCUUGUCUGCUUGACUACUGUCACUGCCAUCGCCACAGCGCUCCCCGCUCCUGCAGGCGACAAGCCCGCCAAUACCCUGGCGCCUCGCGCCGUCUGCACGCCCACUGCCGGUGGCUCAUCCUCAACCGACGAUGUUCCUGCCAUCAACUCAGCUCUUUCAACUUGCGGUCAAGGCGGCACCAUCGUGUUCCCGGCCGGAGUCACCUACUAUGCCAACAGCGUCCUCGACCUUUCGGCUUGCGCGGGCUGCGAUAUCCAGCUCGAGGGGCUGCUGAAGUUCUCCAGCUCAACCUCCUACUGGUCCGGCAAGACGGCCAUGAUCCUCCUCGAGAAGUCUUCCGGCGCCAAGAUCCGUAGCUUGACCGGCAGCGGCGUCAUUGACGGCAACGGCCAGAACGCAUGGGAUCUCUUCGCAUCCGACACCUCGUACAAGCGGCCGACACUGCUGUACAUUACUGGCGGGUCUGAUAUCGACGUCACCGGCCUCCGACAGAAGAACCCCCCGAACGUCUUCGUCUCCGUGAAAGGCGGCGCCGAGCGCGUUUCCUUUUCCCAUCUGAAGCUGGACGCAACCUCCAAGUCGGAUAAUCCGCCCAAGAACACCGACGGCUUCGAUAUCGGCGAAAGCACCAGCGUGACGCUUUACGACAUCGACGUGUCCAACGACGACGACUGCGUGGCGUUCAAGCCGGGGGCGAACUACGUGACCAUCGACCAGAUUACAUGCACCGGGUCGCACGGCAUCUCGGUGGGCUCGCUGGGCAAGUCGAAUGAUGAUUCCGUCAAGAACAUCUACGCAAGCAACGUGAAGAUGAUCGACAGCACCAAAGCGGCCGGCAUCAAGACUUACCCGAGCGGCGACAGCCACGGCUUGUCUACCGUCUCCAACGUCACUUUCACGGCCUUCACGGUGCAAAACUGCGAUUAUGCCUUCCAGGUACAGAGCUGCUACGGCGAGGACGCCGAAUACUGCGAGACGAAUCCUGGAAAUGCCCAAAUCAGCGACGUAGUAGUCAACGGAUUUUCCGGCGAGACCUCUGACAAGUACGAUCCGACAACGGCCAACAUCAACUGUGGGGCAAACGGUAGCUGCGGUAUUGCAAUCUCUGACUGGACUGUCAAGGCCCCGUCGGGAAAGAAUCAGGUUCUGUGCUCAAAUACCCCGAGCAAUUUGGGCGUUACGUGCACAUCAGGGGCUUCCGGGUGA